CUUACCAGCAAACAUCGAAACAGCAACGAUAUGGGAAAAGUUACGCUUUACGGAAUCGAUGGCAGUCCGCCAGUUCGAUCGGUGCUCCUCACCUUGAACGCCCUGGGUCUGGACUUUGACUACAAGAUCGUCAAUCUUCCAGCCAAGGAGCAGCUGAAGCCGGAGUUCCUCAAGAUGAACCCCCUGCACACUGUGCCCACCCUGGAUGACAAUGGCUUCUACCUGUACGACAGCCACGCCAUCAACUCGUACCUGGUGAGCAAGUACGGCAAGGACGAUUCCCUGUACCCCAAGGAUCUGCAGAAGCGGGCCAUCGUCGACCAGCGCCUGCAUUACGAUUCCAGCGUGGUCACAUCCACUGGCACGGCCAUCACCCAUCCGCUCUUCUGGGAGAACAACUCCGAGAUCCCUCAGGCCAGGAUCGAUGCUUUGGAGGGAGUGUACAAGAACCUUAACUUGUUCUUGGAGAGCGGCGAUUAUCUGGCUGGGGACAGUCUGACCAUUGCCGACUUCCAUGUCACUGCCGCCAUGACCGGCUUUGUGGUGUUCCUGCCCGUGGAUGCCAGCAAGUAUCCCAAGCUCGCCGCCUGGGUCCAGCGGAUCAAGGAGCUGCCCUACUACGAGAAGGCCAACGGUUCCCCAUCGCAGCAGAUCAUCGAGUUCAUCAAGAGCAAGAACUUCACAAUUGUCUGAGAUACCGCAUAGCAAUACUCUCAAGAAUAUAAUAUUUAAAUAUUUAAACAAACACUUGACUUUUGAACGGCUUUACUCAUUUCUAUCAGUCCAAACUUUGUGUUGAGAUAAGAAGAUAAGAGGGACUGCUGACCAAUUAUGACAGGUGUUUGUUUGCUUGGCCCAUAUGAUAUCCUUAUCGACUUUAGAUUACGAAACUUGUACUUGCUCAUAAAAUGAAAUUACUAUCA